CGAUCGACUCAAGCUGCGUCAACAACUAUGGCGGGCGAAGGGCGGCAGGCGGAGCCGGUGAGGGAAGAAUGGGGAUUGUCCGUCACGCCCAGGGCCCCCCUACGGGAAGGAAGAGGGCGGCUCGCCCCUCAAAAUGGCGGCGGCAGUGACGCGCCUGCGUACGGAACUCCGCCGGCGCGCCACGGCCGGCGGGAAGUGAGGUUCUCAGAAGCGCCGCCAGAAGUGUACGGCGACUUCGAGCCCCGGGUGGCCAAAGAAAAGUCCCCGGUGGGAAGACGAGUACCGCUAGAAGAGUUCCGGCCUCAUUCUGGGAAAGAGGAAGCGAGAGAAAGCGCCUACUACCUUCGGUCUCGGCAGCGGAGGCAGCCGCGGCCCCCGGAAGCCGAGGAGAUGCAGACGCGACGCGUUGCUCGCUUCCAGCAGCAGCAGCACUCACCGCAGUCUCCGUCGCAUCCGUCUCCGGUUACGACCAGGAGAGGGUUGCGGGACUCUCACUCCUCUGAAGGUGAGGCCGGCGGAGAGGAUGAACUAUUUUCGAAUACUGUUUUAAGCCAAACAGGCUCAAAGAAAAUCAUCCAGAGAACACAAGAAACUCCAGGGAUGAGUGAUGAUCCUGUGAAGAGCCUGUGUAGACCGCCUAUAAGGAGCUCAGGAUCUGAUUCGGCAUACAAGACAAAUGGAAAUACUAAAAUGAAUGAAUUAGAUGCCACCAGUGUCCAACAGAAGUUCAGUUUCUCUGAAGAAGGAGAAACUGAAGAUGAUGAUCAAGACAGCUAUGACAGUGUUAAGAUCAGAUACGGGGAUUCUGUUAAUUUUGGAGGUCAAACCAGCAGAUCCUCGAGUCAACACUCAGAAUCACCUUGGCAGUCAGCACAAAAUCGAGACUUCACAGCUCUUGAUAAGCAACCUUCAGUGCUAAGCUCGGGAUAUCAAAAAACCCCUCAGCAACGGGUUGAGCAAACCACAAGAAAAAGGACGUGGAUGCAAACAUCAUCACCAGGCAAGAGUUUUCCACAUGGCAAUUUUUCAGAUGAUGACAGCGUUCAGAAAUCAGAACUUUGGAACCAGUCUCCGUCAACCUCCAACCAACAAGUGACUGGACAGCCCAAAAAUGCACCGUUUGUCAAGACGAAGUGGUGGUUGCUACUCGUUCUGAUAGCUGCUCUUGCCCUUGGGAGCUUUUGGCUCUCUCCUACUCCUGAGGUGGAAACCACUGCUGUUCAAGAGUUCCAGAACCGGAUGAAACAACUUAUGAAGAAGUACCAAGGUCAAGAUGAGAAGCUGUGGAAAAGGAGCCUAACAUUCCUGGAGAAACAUCUUAAUAGCUCCCAACCUCGGCCUCAGCCUGCUAUCUUGCUGCUCACUGCUGCUCAAGAUGCUGAACAAGCACUCAAGUGCCUGAGUGAACAAAUUGCUGAUGCCUAUUCUUCCGUCCACAGUGUCCGUGCCAUCAGGAUUGAUGGGGCAGGCAAAGCUACUCAAGACAGCGAUGCUGUCAAACUAGAGGUGGAUCAGGAACUGAGCAAUGGAUUCAGAAAUGGCCAGAAUGCAGCUGUGGUGCACCGCUUCGAGUCGCUGCCUGCAGGCUCCACUUUGAUCUUCUAUAAGUAUUGUGACCAUGAAAAUGCAGCUUUCAAAGACGUAGCCUUAGUCCUGACUGUCUUGUUGGAGGAGGAGACACUUGAAACCAGUCUAGGUCUAAAGGAAAUUGAAGAGAAAGUGAGGGAUUUCCUCAAAGUCAAGUUCACCAACUCUGACACACCCAACUCCUACAAACACAUGGACCCAGACAAAUUGAGUGGGCUCUGGAGCCGAAUUUCUCACUUAGUCCUGCCUAUACAACCUGAAAAUGCCCUGAAAGGGGGCAUCUGCUUGUAAGGGGUGACAGAAGAGAAAAUCAUGUCUCAAGUUCUGAGAACUUUUCAGACUUUCCAACCAGAGACAGGAUUCAGAGCUCUUUUUGAAAGAACUGGUUUCUUUUUGAAGGAAGUUAAGUUCUUAUGGAAACCUGAAAUAUCCAUAUAUAUAACCUAAUGAUCUGUUAUUUGAGAGAAUCGUUUAUUUCCAUGAGCUCUCUGUUAAUGGUAUUUGAGGACUGUAAAUGAUCUGCAGUCCCACAGAGGAUCCCUUCAGAUUCUGGGGCGAAUCAUCGCUGUGAUAUGACCAGUGGGAGAGAGUAGGCUCCUUCCUAUGAAUCUUCCCAAUUUUUUAUCUUAGGUCUUUGAGUUUGUUGAGUUGUUAGACAGCUCUCUAAAUGCAACCAUGGGUUUUCCCAUUUUGUUCUCUUUUACAUCAUUUAGGUGUGAUUUCCUUAGUCAGCUUCCGCUUAUAGGAACAAAAGUAAUGAAAGGUCAUCUGAGUGUGUGUUUGAAUUUUUUUCCUUUGUUUUUGGAGGGCGGGGAGGAGGAAGCAAAAGAAAAGAGAGAAAUUGUGAAAUGGGUUAGGAAAGGAGGAAAAAAACAGUCUUCAAGGUGAAAUGUUAAGCCACUGAGACUUAGAUUAGUCAAACAUAGUCAUGUGAACUCCUUUCUCAGAGAAUUCUCUUGGGAUUUGUUUUUCACAUGGUUUUUUUUCCCCUCUAAGAAAUUUUUGGUCCUCCCAAGGAUUUCGAAGCAUGUACAUCAUGAAAUUUUGUAUAUUUGUUCAUUUGACUCUUCUGCAUGGGUAAAUUCAGAGCAGUUUAUUUUGGACAUAUCCUGAAGCUGUUGUUUUGAAUCAAGAAAUACAGUUUCAGGAAUUGGUAAACCAUUUGUUAACCAGCUUUUCUGGGCUGUUGAAGAAGGAUUUAAUUUUCUGCGUGUCCACUUGUUACAGUCUAAGUCCUUGAAUGAUGGUCUUAUAACAAAAGUAAGGAUUUACUAUGCACGUGAUAGAUUUUAUUGAGUGCCUCAAGCCAAAAAGAAAGUAAACUUUACCAUAUGUGAAGAAUGUUAAAAGGUACUACUGUACAUUACUGGACUAUUAUAGUAUUUUGGUUGUAACUUUGCAUCUAUAACUGAGCUUAUCUACCAACUGCUUUUGUUUUCUUAGUAUCUUAAAAUUUUAGAUCCACCGUGUUUUUUUAUUGUCUACGAACCUUUAAAUGAAAAUUUUGUUUUUAGAGUACCAGAGCCAGUUAUUGGCUUCAUCAUUUACCGUGUGAGGAUCCCGCGACUGGUAGUAGAGUGUGAUCUAGUUUCUUCCCACUAGGACUACCAGUGUUCAUAAAUUCACAUCCCUUAUUAUAGUUUCUUCCUGAAUGUCAAAAGUCGAAUCAUCUGAUUUAUAGAGGAUUCUAAAACAAGGUUUUUUAAAAGGCUCAUUUUAUACAUGUAUAUUAUAUGGAGAAGCAAAUGUUUUUAUUAAAUGUUUCACUGACCAAAAUAAUUUUAAAGUAAUUAAUGUUACUUAUAUCUUUCAGGAAAAAUAAUUGUAGCAGCUAAUCUGUAAAUGACUUUAAAAGCUAUUUUAGUAAUUUAAAUAAAUUUACUUUCUUGGUUUGUA